AUGUUUAAAAGCCCUUAUUUAUUUGUAUAUAGCGAUGAAGUUAUGGUUGUGACUUCUCUACUCCUACUGUUAGGAGUUCUGAUCGGGGCAUGGAUACUCUAUGGUGUGUUGAGACUCAUCAUGAUGAGAGUGAGGAGGUCGGCCAAGUUGAGAUAUGGAGACAAAGAACUUGCGCUACAACAACGACUGCGGGCUCUGGAUACAUUCCGAGGAAUGGCUAUCGUGUUCAUGAUAUUCGUGAACGAUGGCGCUGGUGGCUACUGGUGGUUGGAACACGACACCUGGAACGGCCUGGCAGCUGGAGACCUGGUAUUCCCUGCCUUCCUCUGGAUCAUGGGAGUCUGUAUCCCAUUAUCAAUAAAGAGCGCCUUCGCUAAGGGUAUACCCAGGUGGAAAAUCGUCCUACACAUUUUCAGGCGGUCAUGCAUAAUGUUUUUACUAGGAGUGUCUCUGAAUACCAUCUACGGUUCUAAUAUGUUGGGUGAACUUCGUAUUUUGGGUGUUCUUCAGCGACUGGCCGUGUCAUAUCUUGUGGCUGCAGGGUUCUAUGCCCUUACAGCCCCGAAAUAUUAUACACCUCCAAGGGGUGCUUGUGGUCAAGCUCUUAAGGACGUGCUGUCUUGUGCUUGGUGCUGGGUGCUAGCUGGAAUCCUCGUGGCAGCUCAUACAGCCAUCACCUUCAUCAUACACCACCCUGACUGCCCACCUGGAUAUCUAGGACCUGGCGGUAAACACGAUGACUGGGUGUCCCCGGAAUGUUCGGGAGGAGCUGCCGGGUUCAUUGACCGAUUACUUUUGGGAGAUCGUCACCUCUACCGGAACAGCGACCCAAGAAUUGUUUACGGAGGACUAGUGACUGAUCCGGAGGGUCUAUUAGGAUGCCUCACAUCCUCGGUUCAAGCCCUGAUAGGUGUCCAAGCUGGUGCGACUGUUCUUCUCCAACGUUCACACAAGGCCCGAGUGUCUCGUUGGCUAGCUUGGGCCCUAGUAUUGGCACUAGCCGGGGCCUUACUCGCCGGAUUUUCGCGGGAACAUGGAGUUAUACCCAUUAAUAAGAACUUGUGGUCUAUGUCGUUCGUGUUGGUGACGUCAGCUGCUUCUCUAUCGCUGCUGAGCAUCUGUUACACAUUCACAGACGCCUGGAGGUUGUGGGGCGGGGGACCUUUCAGGGCUCCAGGUCUUAACGCCAUAGCUCUAUAUAUAGGUCACUCGAUUUGUUCACAUAUAUUCCCAUUCCAUUGGAAAAUACCAUAUAUGAGAACACAUGCUAUACGCCUCAUAGAAGCUGUAUGGGGAACAGCAUUAUGGGUUAUCAUAGCUCAUAUAAUGGCCAAGAAGAAAGUAUUCAUCACGCUUUGA